UCUAUACUUUGUGUUACCGCGAUAUUAUCCAAAUUCUAAUAGAAUCCGUCUAUAUUUAAUAACUAGUAUUUUUCAAUUACAUUUUUACAUUUCCUGCAGUUAUUUAAACACUACAUUGAUUACAACAUAUGUACAAAAGAUAAUAUAUUUGAUGAUGCAAUUUUCUACCUAUCAUGACUGAAUUAAAAUAGAUUACUAUACAGUGUGAUUAGUAUUUAAAUCUGAAAGUGUAUAUCCUAUUUAUAAUAUUAAAAUUUUACUACAAUCAAACUAACUAUUUUCUUUUUGAAUGAAAAAGUUAGUGACAUUAACAUAAGUGUAACUAAUUACUGAGUGACAUCGGGUAUCAAACUGCAUAGUUCAAUCUUGACGUCUAAUUAUCGUGAAGUAAAUUAUACAUAUAAUAUACGUUGAAAAGAUAGUAGAACCACGGUUUAUGCGACCGUGAGUGGAACGUUGUGGUCCUCCUAUUACAUUAUUGGGCUUACAUCGUCUUUGAUUAGAAGUUUAGAUAACGUAGAUAAUGGAUCAUCAAAUAUUUAAAAUAUACAACCAGGAAGACUUUAACAGAAUCACAAAGGGUAUUAAAGUUGCACAAUGUAUGCAAUCGCGAUCGUCAUCUGUUUCAGGAAGUGAGAGAAUGAUAAGUCAACUUGAUGAUUUAGUUGUAUCUGAUUCUUUAAGUUGUUCAUUUUGUAAUACUAUAUUUGAAGAUAAAGCACAACAAAGACUGCAUUAUAAGUUAGAUUGGCACCGGUAUAAUUUAAAACAGCGUUUGAAUGGAUUAAGACCUAUUAAUGAAGAUAAAUUUAAUCUUUUAGCUGAUGAAGGCAAUGUUUCAAGUUUAUCUGGAAGUGAUGUAGAAUCUGAAAAUGAAGAUGAGACAUAUGCCUCAGAAACAGGAUAUGGUCAUUGUGAAAGUAAAAUCUCCAUUAAAAAUAAGAAAAUUGAAAAAAAAGGAAAAAAUGCAGAGUCAGUUUCUGAUAGUUCUGAUACAGAAUAUUGUGAUGACAUUAUCAAAGAGAAAAAAGUUGAGGCUUUAUUAGUCACUGCAAAUCGUCAUUCAAAAGUUUUUUUUGAGAAUGAUGAUGGAAAUAUAUUUAGUAUAUAUAGAUGCUUACUUCACAACAAGAAGGAAAUUCCAGAGGUAGACAAUGAGAUGAUUGCUCAGGCACUGGACAGUGGGAGAAAAACAACAUGGACUGUCAUCAUGAUUGGUGGAGGACAUUUUGCUGCAGCUGUGUUUCAAGAUGGGGAACCUAUUGUGCACAAAACAUUUCAUUCUUAUACAGUACGCGCAAAACAGGGCUUUGCUCAAAGUUCACGUACAACAGCUAAUCAUCCAAAGAGUGCUGGAGCUAGUUUACGUCGUUAUAAUGAAGCAUCUCUCCUUCAGCAUGUGCAAGAUAUACUUGAAUCAUGGUCAUCUCAUAUCAGUAAUUCCUCUCUAAUUUUAUAUAGAGCAGUUGGUCCAUAUAAUCGUACUGUAUUAUUUGGAGGAAAAAAUCCACCUUUAGAUAAAAAUGACUUAAGAUUGAGGCCACUACCUUUUCCUACUCGUAGAGCAACAUUUAGUGAAGUUAAAAGAGUGUAUGACAUUUUAAGUUCCAUGGAAAUUUAUGGCUCUGCAUCUGAUUUUACAGAUUCUUUUCCUAUUUCACCACGUCAACCUCUUAGAAAAAAAGUUUCAAAAGCUGAUGUAUCUAGCGAAAUUCCGGAGAAAAUAGAGAAUGUAGAGUAUGAUUCUAAUGCUACCAAUAACGCACGUAAUCCACAAGAUAGCGAUAAGAAUAAAAUUCCUGCUCAAGCAUCUCCCGAAAGACAACAUAAGAAUUCUCGAUCUCAUAUAGAUAGAGCAAAACCAAGAAAAAGUCCAUGUCGCCCUUUACCCGAUAUCAUUGCUAGGUUAGCACAAUCGUCUUCGGAAUCAGAAUUGGAUCAAACAGGAACUUCUAAUAUUCCAAUGGAUGUUUCAUUAAUUGAACAAGAAUUGGAAGUAGAAUUUAAUGAAAAUUUACUUGCCUUUCAAGAUACUGUGCCAAGAUAUAUGAAGAAUAAGAAAGCUCGUCGUCAGAAGAAAAAGACAAAAAAAGAUGAAUGCGUGCUGAACGAGACUUUAACCAAUGCUAAAGUUAAAUUAUGGUCUGCAUGUAAAUUAGGCGAUGGUGAAUUAUUAUCAUCUGUAAUUAAUGAUCUCGUAAUUCAAGUAGAAAAGUUUGUGGAGUUGGAAGAACAAAAUCAAGAGGACGUAACUGUAGAUUUUAAUUCAAUUGUAAACAAAGAUGAUGUGAAGAAAUUGGUAAAUGAUGCUAAUGAAGAUGGUAAUACGAUGUUACAUGUAGCAGCUUUGGGUGGACACUUGAAAUUAGUGUGGCAAUUACUGGAAAUUGGAUCAGAUCCUUGCAAUAAAAAUAAGAAGCUACAAACACCAUAUGCUGCGGCAAAUGAUAAGGAAACCAGAAAUACUUUUAGAAGAUUUAUGGGCGCUUAUCCUGACAAGUUCAAUUAUAGCAAAUCUCAAAUACCUGGCCCACUUACUGAUGAAAUAGAACAAGAGGAAUUAGAAAAAAAGAGACAACAAAGAAAAAUAAAACGGGAGAAAGAUAAAUUGAAGAGAAAAGAAUUUGAACUUAAAAAACAAGAAGAAGAUACAAAGCAAAGAUAUCUUAGUCUUAGUGACAGAGAAAAGAGAGCUUUGGUUGCAGAGCAACGUAUUUUAAACCAAGGGUGCACCAUAAUUUCACGAUGCUUUCAAUGUGGUGUGAAUAUGGCAGGUCAAGUGCCUUUUGAGUAUAAUUCCAAUCGUUUCUGUUCUAUGCCGUGUCUAAAGGAACAUCGUCUUCACAACAAAGUUACGAAAAUGACGUAUUUCUUAUAAAGGACUAGAUUUAAAUGUAUGUAUACUUCUUUCAAUAAUGAAGAAAGAAUGGAAUAAUCAUAAUAUAAUGAUUAAAAAUUAGGCACUCUGUGUUCAAAAUAACAUGGAUAUGUAAAUUUAGGAUAUUUUAUGUUCUGCAAUACACGUGAUGCAUAUUUAUUGUGUUGUUCAGGUAAAAUUUCUUGCAUGUGUGUUUCAAGUUUUGGGAAGAGAUUAUAAAAUGCCACUUGAUGUACGUACAGGAAUUUUUAUAAUAAUAUAUGGAUUUUAGCAAGAA